GGCUUGUGUUGCAGGCCUUUAAAACACGUGCGGCAGAGUAUGCUAAAACGCUCGUCAAAUGUUCGGUUUUUUCUUCAUCUUCUGAAUCGCGAAAGUUGUCAUAAUGAAAAAAUGCUCUUUAUUAGGGUAUAAAUUUCCAAUUUAAUGCAAAAAAUGGGUCGAAUAAAACGGAAUUUUAAUAAGAGAGGCCGGCAAAUUGUUGACGAUGCGGACAUUCGUAAAGCGCACAAUGUCCCCUGCGUUGAACUGGACUUGCCGUCGGCCGACAAGAAGUCGCAAGACGCCUUGGUCGAGGAAACACAAAACGACUGGAUGCACAGCAACGCACUGGUUCUGCCCUCAAAGAAAAAAGCCAACAACAAGAAGAAAGAACCUCAGACCAAGUUACCUAGGAAACUGAGCAACAAACAACGCAAGAGACUGCAGAAAGUCUUAGAUAAAAAAGAAAAGAAAUCCAAGAGAGAAGAUAUUUUAGCUUCACUGGUCCAGCAUCAAGCAUCAAAGCAGGAGAUGUCUAUGUUUGCUUCUGCAGCACAUCUUGGACAAAAAGCAACAAAAAGGCAGUUGGCUGAAAAAAUGCCAGAAUGCAUCCCCAUCAACAGCCUCAAAGGAGUCAACAGGCGGAAGAGAAGAAAACUCGAAGAGGCAGAAAAGGAGAUGGAGAGUGAAUUGGAAUCAAGCGAUGAUGAAUCAGAUGAGGUUGACGGUGACGGCCAUGAAAAUGAUGACUCCAAACAGCAGGGCAAGACUGAAGAUGAUGCAAAGGAAACGGACUCAAGAGAAGACAAAGAUGUAGAUGCUCCAGUGACUGAACUUGUUACUGAAGGUUCACCAUCCUUAUCUUCAUCAGCCGAGAUGAGCAAGAAAGAUGAGGAGGUGUCCAAGAAGACAUCCGAGAAGGACAAGAGCGGGAAGACAAGAGCUCCUGAAAACAGGACUCCGGCUGUGUUUGUUUACGUUGACAGGAAGCCGGAGAUUCAAGCUGCCAGGCUGGCUCUUCCUAUCCUAGCCGAGGAGCAGGUCAUCAUGGAAGCAAUCAACGAACACCAAGUCGUCAUCCUGUGUGGAGAGACGGGCAGCGGCAAAACCACGCAGGUCCCGCAGUUCCUCUAUGAAGCAGGCUACGCACAAAAUGGUCUGAUAGGAAUUACAGAACCCAGACGAGUUGCCGCUAUUACUAUGUCAGAGCGAGUUGCCAUGGAAAUGGGCCUUUCCACAAGUGUGGUGUCGUACAUGAUCCGUUAUCAAGGCAACGUGACAACGGAUACCAAGAUCAAAUUCAUGACCGAUGGUGUGCUACUCAAGGAGAUCCAGAAGGAUUUCUUGCUGACCAAGUACUCUGUGAUUGUUAUUGAUGAGGCUCAUGAACGCAGUGUCUACACGGACAUCCUGAUUGGCUUACUGUCCAGGAUAGUGCCUCUCAGAAACAAGAAAGGAAGUAAGAUGAAGUUGAUCAUCAUGUCAGCUACAUUGAGAGUGGAGGAUUUUACCGAAAAUCAACGGCUCUUCAAAACCACUCCACCAGUCAUCAAGGUUGAGUCCAGACAGUUUCCUGUCACCGUUCACUUCAACAAGCGAACGCCCGUAGAAAACUACAUGGCAGAGGCAGAAAGAAAGGUGUUGAAGAUUCAUCGCACGCUACCACCCGGCGGCAUCUUGGUCUUUGUGACGGGUCAAAAUGAGGUCAGCUCCUUGUGUCGCAAACUGAGAGCGAGAAACAAAAAGAUCAAGGCAGCCAGCCUCCAUGGAACAGAGACCUCUAGGAAGAGAGAGAGAGGUGGAGAGGGCGUGUCUGAUGAGGAGGAGGCAGAGAAUGUGAAAGAAGAUGAAGAAUCGAUGAAGGCCUUCAGGAAGCAGAAACUGCCCAAGAUCAGUCUGGAUAACUACUCCGUUCAGCCGUAUGAGGAGGAAGAAGUUGACGAACUGAAAGAUGAAGAGGGCAACCACUCUGAGUCGGAGUUCCAGGUUGCAGAGCCUGAAUCCGAGGAUGAUAUGCUACCCGAGGAGGAUCUAGCCUUGGAUGGGGUUCCUCUGUAUGUCCUGCCCAUGUACUCGCUUCUCGCACCCCAUCAACAGGCUAAGGUCUUCCAAGCCCCACCAGAAGAUGCCCGUCUCUGUGUCGUGGCUACAAACGUUGCUGAGACCUCCCUGACGAUCCCUGGUAUCAAGUAUGUCGUUGACACGGGCAGGGUCAAGAAAAGGUACUACGACAAAGUCACGGGUGUCUCAUCCUUCAAGAUCACUUGGACGUCCAAAGCUUCGGCCAAUCAGCGAGCUGGACGGGCCGGACGAACCGAGCCAGGACAUUGCUACAGACUCUACUCUUCUGCCGUGUUUGCCAGUGACUUUGAGACGUUUGAUCCUGCGGAAAUCACCAGGAGGCCUGUGGAUGACCUGACGCUGCAGAUGAAGGAUAUGGGAAUUGACAAAGUGGUGAACUUUCCAUUCCCAACACCACCAGAACCAGAUGCACUCAAGGCUGCGGAGAGGCUCCUGAUCUCUCUCGGUGCUUUGGAAGUACCUCCAAAAAGGACAGGCUUCAGCUCGUCCAAAGAAGAAUCUUUCAGCACAAGAAUCACCCCAAUGGGUAAGAUGAUGGCUUGUUUCCCAGUGUCCCCUUGCUACGCCAGAAUGAUCGCCAUUGGUCAACGGGAGGGCUGUCUGCCUUACAUCAUCGCCUUGGUCUCGGCACUCACAGUCAGGGAGAUCUUUGAAGUUGGGGAUCCACAAAGUGAAGACACAGAGGAGCUGAAAGAUGAACAGAAAAGGCACAGGGCUCGAGUUGCUCACAGCAAGCGCCAAUGGGCUGGAGUAGGUGAAUCUCAGCUCCUGGGGGAUCUGAUGGUGAUGCUAGGGGCGGUCGGUGCCACCGAGUUUGCUGGUUGUACUCCAUCCUUCUGCGCUGCUCACGGACUACGCUACAAAGCCAUGGUUGAGAUCAGGAGGUUGCGAAGACAGCUCACCAAUGCAGUGAAUUCUGUUCAGUCGGACUAUGAGGUGGUUCUAGAUCCAAAGAUGAAUCCACCCAGUGGAACACAGGUAAAACUGCUCAGGCAGAUUGUCUUGGCCGGGAUGCCUCAUCAUGUAGCAAGGAAAAUGCCAGAAACCGAGGAGCAGAAAGAGAAGAAUGCCUAUCAGAGUGUGGGCAUAGAGGGCGCUGUCUACAUUCACCCCGACUCGGUACUGGCCAAGAAGCAGCCAGAGUUUGUUGUGUAUCAGGAGGUCAUUGAGACGUCGAGACCCUAUAUGAGAGGUGUGGUGGCUAUCGAGCCCGAAUGGUUACCGGUCGUCCUACCUCAUCUCUGCACCUUCUCCAAGCCAAUGGAGCAGCCAGCACCAUCCUACAACGAAGAGACAGGAACGGUUCACUGUCACAUGACCAGUACCUUUGGUCGCAAUACUUGGCAGGUGCCUGCCGUGGAGCUGGAAUACCCCAAGAGUGUGGAGAGAUUCAAGUGGUUUGCCAGGUUCCUCUUGGAAGGAAAGGUGAUUCCUGGGUUGAAGGACAACACCUCGUUCCUCCUGUCCUCGCCAAGCACCAUGAUCAAAACCUGGGCCAAGUUACAGCCUCGCACAGAGAUCCUCCUCAAGACACUGGUUGCCGAGGGUGUGGACUGUAAAGAGGCUUUGAUUGAGGCGUGGAGGCGACAUGACAAGUAUCUGUUGAGUGCAUAUUGCGACUGGCUGCAUCGCGAUAAACAUGUAGAGGUGAUGGCAAAAUGGCCGCCGAUACAACUGGACUAGUCUCCUUUUACCAAGAAACAUGGGCCGUUUUCCAAUACUCAACUUCGUCUCCGAAACCAAUCCCUGAUUGUGGGCCUGAAGAGUUUAACUUUAAUU